GCAAGACUUUACAAUUUACGCCUGCUACUGUCACUACGGAAUAUCGCCACGUCGUGGACUAUGACUGACUGAAUUGUUUAAACUUUAAUAGUUUAACGUUAGUGUUUCCCUGGGAUCUCGUUAUUUCUUACAAAGGAAUUACUGUUUUGAAGUAGGUGGUAGUCUUGUCAAGUACAAAGUGUCGUUUCCGUCGGGAUUUUUUGAGAAUUUGUCCAGGAGUGGUCUUUGGUCUAGCCUCAGAUUCAGGGCAUAGAACGUUAACGUUACGCCUAUGAUCCAGGAAUAGCGACCGGACGGCGCUAGCUGGCUAACUUUGUUAGCUAGCUCAUACUUUUUGAGUUAAUUUCGUGUGGGAGUGAUUAACUGUCUUUAGAACAGAACUUGUUUUCAGACUUGUCAGCUAGCCACAUUUGAGCUAGCUUUACAUAGCUCCAAAAAUGGGAUUACACCCUUUGGAGUUCAGCGAGUGUUACCUGGACAGUCCAGUUUUCCGAGAGAAAGUGAAGGCGCAUGAAGCGGAAUUGGAUAAAACCAACAGAUUUAUAAAAGAAUUAUACAAAGACGGAAAGAACCUCAUCAAUGCCACAAAACAGUUGAGCCUAGCGCAGCGCAAGUUUGCCCAGUCUCUGGGAGAGUUUCGCUUUGAGUACAUCGGUGAUGCAAAGACAGAUGAUGAAAAAUGCAUUGAUGAGUCUUUGCAGGAGUUUUCCGCCUUCUUGAGGAACCUGGAGGACCAGAGAGAGCUGAUGAUGCAAAACAUCACAGAGACGCUAAUGAAGCCACUAGAGAAGUUCCGAAAAGACCAUCUUGGUGCAGCAAAGACAGAAAGAAAGAGGUAUGAGAAAGAGACCGAAAAGUACUACAGCUCUCUGGAGAAGCUUUUGAACAUGUCUGCAAAGAAAAAGGAACCUCAUUUACAAGAGGCUGACGUUCAGGUGGAGACCAACCGGCAGCACUUCCAGGAACUGUCCCUGGAGUACGUGUGCAAGCUGCAGGAGAUCCAGGAGCGGAAGAAGUUUGAGUGUGUAGAGCCGAUGCUGGCUUUUUUUCAGACCGUCUUCACAUUCUACCACCAGGGUUAUGAGCUGGCCAAGGACUUUGACCAUUACAAAAGAGCCCUACAGAUCAAUAUACAGAAUACGAGGAGUCGUUUUGAGGCCACACGCUCAGAGGUAUAUGAGCUGAUGAAGAGGACUAAGGAGACUCCUCAGGAGCACAGGCAGACCAGCCCCAUCAGCAGUGAGGGCUACCUCUUCGUGCAGGAGAAACGUCCUCCACCAUUUGGCUCCAGCUGGGUGAAGCGCUAUUGCACGUUUAUCAAAGAGCAGAAGAUUCUACACAUGGUCACCUUUGACCACAAGUCAGGAGGCAAGACGGGUGAAACGGAAUCAGUGAUGCUCAAAUCCUGCCUUCGCAAAACGACAGAUACAGUGGACCGCCGCUUCUGCUUAGAUCUAGAAGUUACAGACCGGCCUGGGAUAGUGGUCACAGUCCAGGCCCUCUCAGAAGAUGACCAUAAGUUCUGGAUGCAUGCUAUGGGAGGAAAAGAGCCUUUUCAUUAUUUGGGCAGAACAUACUCCAAAGAAAGAGGAAUUGAUGCCCAGCUUGAUGACAUUGGUGUGUCCUUUCUAAAGAACUCCAUUAACGCCAUUGAGAAAAGAGGUAUCAAUGACCAGGGCCUGUAUAGAGUGGUGGGUGUGAGUUCUAAAGUCCAGAAGCUGCUCAGCCUGAUGAUUGAUGAGAAGAGUAAUGAAUUGGACCUCUCGGUAUGCGAAGACUGGGAUGUGAAGACGAUCACUAGCGCUCUAAAACUCUACCUCAGGAGUUUACCUGAACCUCUGAUGACCUAUGGUUUAUAUAAAGAGUUCAUCAUACCUGCCAAGUCGGGCAGCCCAGACGCCCGACUGCAGGCCAUCCACUGUCUGGUCCAUAAGCUGCCAGAGAGGAACAGACUGGUCCUGGGACUACUUAUGAAGCACCUCGCAACAGUGGCAGCCCACAGUAAGCAGAACCUGAUGACGGUGGCCAAUCUGGGCGUGGUCUUCGGCCCUACCCUCAUGCGCCCACAGGAAGAAACUGUGGCUGCCAUCAUGGAUCUCAAGUUCCAGAACAUAGUGGUGGAGAUUCUCAUUGAGCAGCAUGAGAAGAUUUUCGGAGAUAUCCCCAACGAGUGCUCGCCAUCUACAGCAGCCUUCUCCGCUCCCACACGCCAUUCCAAGAAGGUUGGCCGCCAGAACAGACCUCUGGCUGUGUACAACCCUCAGGUGCUCCACAUGCAGACAGUGUCUGUGGGGAAUGAAAGUGGCUCUCCUGCUCCUGAUGAGGCAUCUCUAGGCAGCAACGAGUCCGUCUCCUCCUCACACUCCUCUACGGCCUCCGGCCCCGGGACCCCCCCACAGAAGGCCAAGAACCCCCACGACACAAGCCAGUGUACCCCCAGCCCAGACAGCCCAGGGCUGAGCUCUGCCAGGGUGUCGUGGAUGAACUCGGUGUCAGCUACCCCAGCAACACCCCAGGCCACCCCCAGCCGAGCCCCGAGAGGAGUGACGGACGGCGAGCCGGCCGAGGAGAGUGUCAGCCAGCGGAGGGCCAAGGCCGUCUACCCCUGUGAGGCGGAGCAUGACUCGGAGCUCUCUUUCCAGGCCGGCGCAAUCUUCCACAACGUGACCCCGUCCCGGGAGCCCGGCUGGCUGGAGGGAGUGCUGGAGGGGAAGAGGGGCCUCAUCCCUGAGAACUAUGUUGAGAUGCUGUAGCACACACACUCACACACAGACAUGCAUGCUCUCUUUUUCACACACACACUCACAAGCACACACACACGCACUCCAGACACCCCUCUUAUACAUGGUAUCCAUGGUCAUGGUGGAAAUGUUAUCUCGCUCCAUAUCUUUUUUUUUUUUUUUUUUAUCCAUCUGUCUGCUCUUCAUGAAAAGACAAAAAAAAAAGUGCAUUUCUGUCGGACACAGCUUGACUUGAGGAGAGCGCGAGCGAGAAAGAGACAGCAUGUGUGGCUGCUGACGUCACUGGAAGAGAGGUGAAAACGGCACACUGAUGGGCUCGGAUCCCCAGACGUGACACAGAGCCUAAACUGUGCAGUUUGGAGCUGCCCACAGACAUUCUGGGCUUCUGUUAUGCAACGUUUCCAAUGAUUCCCGGCAUAAUUAGCUGAUGUUUCUUUCAUAAUGUGCUUUAGGAAGUUCUACAUAACAGCUCUUUAUUGUUUUACUGAUAGAAUGCAUGCAGUUAAUUGGUUUAUGCAUUUUAAAGAAAAGGAUAUUGAUAUUUUAUUUUGUUUUUAUCCGAUUUUAAGUUGACUUUUUUUAUAUUGUUUGAGUACCAUUUUAAUUUAAAAUACUGGAUUUCAGUUCAGACGUCACAGUUCCGUUGCCUCCACCUCUUCAGUGUCCUUCCGUAUUUGACGCCGUCCAAUGAUUUGGGCAUAGCAAGUAUUUUAGAAUUGUUGUAUAUAAAUGAAAUGAUCUUUAUUGAUAAAAUAUAAAAAGACAAAUAAAUAUUAUUAUAUAGUGACACAGAUCUAUCUCCUCUGAAUGCACCAUUACAUAAUCCUAAGUCUUAUGUGUCUGUGUUGUGUUUUAAAUGACCUCCAGAAGCAGUCCUAUGGCUAGGGCCACCACUACAGGUCCGCAGCUGUUGGGAUCAGUGAUUCUAGCCACAGUCCUCACUCCAAGUCCACACUCCCACUUUUAUUCUCUUGCUCUUUUGUGGAGAUGUUUUCAUUUCCCUAAAAGCUUUUAUUUUCUGUGUUCUUCAUGAGGGAAUGUUUGCUUGCUAAUUUAAGACAGUGAUUUAUGACGUUUGUAAAGGUCUUGGCAUGCAUUUCACUUUUGUAUUAUUGGUUAUCCUGUUGAUCAAUGUUAAGUGAAUAAAAUAUUUUAUUAUUCA